CAACCACUGCACGACAUACAUUCUACAGAAUUACCACCGCAACUCCAUGGAAUCUUUUCACCGAUGAUCUGUGCAUUAUGUCUGAGCUCGCAGUCGGGCAGACGGUUCAGCUGAACGACGGUCGAAUCGCGCUUGUUCGAUAUGUAGGAACCACCGACUUCGCGGAUGGAGAAUGGGUUGGAGUUGAGCUCGAAGAUGAUAGCGGCAAGAAUGAUGGCAGUGUCAAAGGGGUGGCAUAUUUUGACUGCGAGCUGAAUCAUGGCAUGUUUCUGCGACCAAAAGCAGCCACCAUCAUCGAGCAGGCUCAAGCUCCAGCGAAGCCUACAAACGGGGCAGCAAAGAAGCCAGCAAGGCCGAGCAGUGUUGGUGGUGCGGGUCUUGGACGAAGGAUGAGCUCUGUUCCAGACCCUGCAGGUGGAAAGCGAGCAAGCAUGAAUGCUGCCAGUCCAAGUCCUGCUACGAGGCGGCCAUCUAGCAUGCUCCGAUCUCCAACAAAAUCUCCUACGAAGCAAUUAUCUGCAGCUACGUCGGGUGCAUCAACUCCUCGAACUGGAACUCCUUCCAAUACUAGAAAUCCUUCUGUCAGUUUGUCGAAAUCAAGACCAAGUGUUGGUGGUAGUCGAACAUCGAUGGGGCCUCCUGCGAAGCCAGCAUCUGCUACCGCGAGACCUUCUCUGUCAGGUGGAAUAGGAGUUGCAAACAGGACCUCUGCACCACCAAGCCGAACUACAAGCGGGCGGAUGUCUUUGGCACCAAGGCCUAGAUUGAAGCCCGGAGAGAGGGUAGGCUCAAUUGGAAGUCAAUUGAGUAGUGGUCAGGCUAGUGAAGGGGAAGGACAGGACAAUGGGGAGGAAGACAGAGGCGCCUCUCCUGUAAAGAGUGAUCCAUCAGAUUCUCUGUCGCCUAAGCCGAUGAGUCCUGUUCUAUCCAGAACUUCUGCUGCAGAUCGCACACGUGGGUCACCUUCUUCGAGUAGGAGCAAUGCAUCACCAUCAGCACAAAGGACUGCUGGAAGUAGUACAGCAGCUAGCCGCGAGAUUGAGGACCUCAAAACCAAGCUUCGACUGAUGGACAAGAAGAGAAUGGAAGACCGUGACAAGUUGAAAGCCUUGGAUAAAGUGCAAGCUGAUAGAGACAAGUUUGAAGGCAUCAUUCAGAAGCUGCAGACUAAAUACCAGCCUCAGCAACAGGAGAUCACGGAUCUUCGAAAACAACUGAAGGAAGUUCAGACCAGAUUUGAAUCAGUUGAAAACAUGCAAGCAGAACACGAUAUCGUCGUUGAGAUGGCCACUCUGGACCGAGAGAUGGCCGAGGAAACCGCUGAAGUCCUGAAGACGGAAUUGGAAGCUCUCAAGCUGAAGGUUGAGGAGUUGGAACUAGAGGUUGAAGUUCUGCGAGAAGAGAACGCAGAGCUGAGCACUGAGAUGAGCCCGGAAGAAAAGACCAGUCAAGGCUGGCUUCAGAUGGAGAGAAACAAUGAGAGGCUACGAGAAGCCCUCAUCCGGCUCCGAGACAUGUCUCAACAGACCGAAUCAGAGCUCCGUGAUGAGAUCAAAAGUCUAGAAGAAGACCUACGAGACUUUGGAUCUGUCAAAGAACACUACGACACUGUCAAGGAGAAACUCGCCCAAUCAGAAGCAGCCAUCGAAGAUCUUCGCCAACAGCUUGAUAAUGCUCUUGGUGCGGAGGACAUGAUUGAAGAACUCACGGACCGAAACAUGAGUAUGAACGAGCAAAUCGAAGAGCUGAAGGCUACAAUCGAAGACCUGGAAGCGCUCAAGGAGCUCAACGACGAGCUUGAGAUCAACCAUGUCGAGACUGAGAAGGAGAUGCAGGAAGAUAUUGACUUCAAGGAUAGCAUUAUCACCGAGCAAGCGCGACGUGCAGCACAGCAAGAAGAGACGAUGGAGGAUAUGGAGUAUACUCUGUCUCGUUUCCGAGAGCUUGUCACCAACUUGCAAACCGACUUGGAAGAUAUUCGUGCAUCACAUGCUGUCACGGAGACUGAGUCUGAGCAACUGAAUAGUCGCUCUCGUGCUAUGAUGGAUCUAAACAUGAAGCUGCAAGUUUCAGCCGCCAAAACCCAAGUCAAGACUAUCGACCUCGAACUGCGUCGACUUGACGCCCAAGAAGCGUCGGAGCAUCUGGCCAUCGUUCAACUAUUCCUCCCAGAAGCAUUUCACGCCGACAGGGACUCUGUUCUGGCAUUGCUGCGAUUCAAGCGAGUGGGCUUCAAGGCCAAUCUCAUACAUGGCUUCGUCAAAGAGCGCGUCAAUGGUUCACCUCCUGUUGGGCAUGAGGACGACUUGUUCGCUGGCUGUGAUGUCCUCGACAAGCUUUCUUGGGUCUCUGCCAUGUGCGACCGGUUUGUCAAUGGCAUUAGUCACUGCACAACGGAAGAGUUUGCGAAGUAUGAAGGUGCUUUAUACGAAUUGGAGCCGGUUGAGCGAGCUCUUAACGGAUGGAUUGAUGGUUUGCGUCGUGACGAACUCAAAGAAAAGCAGUGUGCCAGUGAGCUGCAACGCACGAUUGCACUCAUGUCGCAUCUUGCCGAGGUUCAUAUCCCACCUGGACUUGCAAGUUAUGCUGAUGAAGUACACAUGCGAACACUCGUCAUGCAAAGCCAUCUCGAGAACGCUGCUGCAGCCAUCGCUGCAACUAGGACCAUGGUUCAGAAUAUCAUCCCAAGCCAAGGUGAUGAGGAUGAGCUUGCUCAGCACUUUAGCCGAAAAACCGAUGCCGCAAUCACCAAUACGAGAAGCGCCAAGGUUGUGAUCGGGAAGGCAGUCAGAGCUUUGGAAGACCUCAAGACCAGAUCCUUGUCUCUUACACCCGAUACUAUACAAACCUUCGACCAGUGUGAGACCGCCACAGAGGAGUUGGCCAAGUUCGCUCGUCAUAUUGGAGAUGAUCUCUAUGUUCUACUUCAUGAAGAGGGGAGAGUGGAACCGUUCACAUACCUCGAGGUACAAAGCACUGUCCAUCGCACUACUACAAGUUUGUUUGCGUCGAGCGAAUCUGAUUUGUUCUCCACGUAUUCCAACAAGCUGCGAACAUUGACAGCAUCUUUAAUAGACCUUGCCGCUCUCGCAUCAGACCUCGAAAUGACUCAGGAGUUCGAGAGAGCAUCAGCGCCAUGGGUUCUUCGAUCGCAAGAUUUGAAGUCCUCCAAGACAGUACCUAUUGACGCAGAAGAAGAGAUGCGCCGAUUGAAGGACGAUAAUCACGAGCGUGCUAGACUGAUUGCUAUGAAAGACCAAACACUUGAGGAGGCGGGUGUGAAGAUUGAACUUCUUGAAAGUCGCAUGAGAGAUGCCACGAAGAAGAAUGAGCGUAUUAACGAGCUCGAGAAGAAGAUUGAGAACGCUAAGAGACGCGAAGCAGAAUUGGCGGAGUCGAUCGAGUCUCAGAACAGGGAGCUCACGAUUCUUGAUGCUGAUCGUGAGAAGUGGAAGAAGGUCGCCGAAGAUACUAAAGCACUUGGCAUUGCAGCUCCCGGUUCAAAAGCAGGUCAAGAACGAGCUGUUGCAACAGCUCGAGAGAUGGAAGCAUUGAAGACUGAGAUCACCAGCCUCCAAGCCGCUGUUCGCUUCCUCCGCGAGGACAAUAGAAGAGCCCGUCUCAGAGAAACCCCAAACCUUGACUUCUUAGAGGCUCCAUUGAUCCCACCAAAGACCAAGGAAGAAGAAAGAAAGGAUCUUGUAUUGGCGGAAGGACAGGAUGUCUUGAAUGAACUCCUCAACCUCACUUCUACGGCGAAAGUCUACGAUCUCAGCGCGAUGCCCAAAGACAAACUUGCAUGGCGACCAGCAAAGACCACACCCAAGUAUCACGUUGCGAAGCAAAGAGAAGACUACGAAGGCUGGAGUAGCUGGAAGGAUAGCGUUGUCCUGAAAGCACGGGUCUUAGCAGAACGAGAUGCUAAUCGUGGAUUGGACAAGACAAUGAAAGCUAGCAUGGCUGCAAAAGUGCAGUUGAGAAUACCUGACCUAGAAAGGAAAGGUAUUAGAGUGGGAGGAGAGGUUGAGAUUGUUGACCCUGAUGAGUUCGAGGAUUUCAGAGGCAGGCUUGGAUUCGUGUAGAUGAGUUUAGCAAAUAUACCCAAGAGCGCUUGUUUUAGCCCUCAGCCUGAAUGUAUAGAAGCUUCAAUGUAU